GCAGGGCGGCCACUGGAGGAGAGCAGGUUGCCGCUCUCGCAAGCUUUGGAGGCAGAGCCGCCGCAAUGUUCCGGAUCGAGGGUCUCGCGCCGAAGUUGGACCCGGAGGAGAUGAAGCGGAAGAUGCGUGAGGAUGUGGUCUCCUCCAUUCGGAACUUCCUCAUCUACGUGGCCCUGCUGCGAGUCACUCCAUAUAUCUUAAAGAAGCUGGAUAGCAUAUGAGGAUUGGGAGUCACAUGGAUGCAUGGCAUGAAGAACCUGGUGACGGUUUCUCCUCCUGUCUGCAGAUGAAUUGGCCCAGAAAGGUGUAAGACUGAUUAAACGGACAUAAAAACUACUUGUGGAGAACAAGUUGGGCUUUGAGAACUGACCUCCAUAGCUGCAAUAUAAAACUAUUUGGGAAGUA